UCUCUCUGUGUCGCAGAAACGCGCGGCGCAUUUUUGAAUCAAGCGGUCAAGGUGACAGCGGUGGGCCGGCGGAGGACUGGAUUUGCAGAGGUGUGCGGAGCGUGCGGAUUCCACAGUGAUCCACUAGACUGACGUGUCUACACCGCAGCCCGGCUAUUCCACAGACCUCAGUGCAGCCGAGCAGUCGACAUCCUCUCCUGCAGAGAGACACAGAGGAGCAGAGGGGGGAAUAAAAGAAAAAAAGAAACAACUUCAGCAACGGCGAGCUGUGCUUUUGCAGCAUGUUCCACCUUCGGCAAUCUCCGUUUAAACAAAUCCGCUCAGCGACUGUUUGACUUUUGCUGGUGUGUUGGCUUAUUUUCCGAUUUUGCAGGGGAAAGAUUCGUAUUUUUUCUUCCUUCGGCGGAUGUAAAAAAAUCCUGCCCUCUAAAUUGGAAUGAUGUGGACCUCUCAUGAUACCGUUGGAUUUGUUUUCCUGGCCGGUUUUUGUGUGCAAUUCGGAUUCUCCUUCGAAGGUCGCUUCACGGAUCUGCCCUCCAACAUGACGGUUAAAGAGGGACAAAACAUAGAAAUGGCGUGCGCGUUCCAGAGCGGAACCGCGUCCGUGUAUUUGGAGAUCCAGUGGUGGUUCGUGAAAACGCCGGAGCCCAUUGACAGCGAGGAGGUCAUCGAUGCUGAAGAGAUGGAGAUGAUACCAGAACCUGAUCCUGAUGAUGAGGGGACAAAAAUAAGUACAGUGAAGGUCCAGGGCAACGACAUCUCCCACAAGCUGCAGAUGUCCAGAGUGAGCAAGAGUGACGAAGGGCUGUACGAGUGCCGGGUGACGCGGGCUAACUACGGGGAGAUUGUGGAGUACAAGGUCCAAGCCUGGCUGAAGGUCAACGCCACGGCCAGACCACGGCGACCACUGACACCUCCCAAGAAGAGCUCGCCACUGCACCUGACGGACAAGAAGCCAAGAAAGUCCAGCUCACCGCAGGACAGCAUGAGCUCAGACCAGAGGGUGUCCUCCACCUCCACCUCUCACACAUCCUCCAACACAGCUCAACACAACCCCGGCUCAGGUACAAGAAUAUUAUCCAGCUGUGGACUGACUGUCCUCCUCCUGGCGUGCGGUGCGGUGAGGGGUGCCUUGUUAUAAUUUGAAGAACUGACAUGAUUUGCUCCCAGAUCUCUCUCUCUCUCUCUUUCUCUCUCUCUCUCUCUCUCUCUCUCUCUCUCUCUCUCUCUCUGUCUCUCUCUCUGUUUGCUCCCAAAGUGAACGAGAAAAAUUGCCUGUUUUACUUUCCCUCCCCCACCAUGCGGCCAGCACAGUCGAAUCCUCAUUUCCCAGCCACCACUGCUCUUGCACCCAGCACAUUGUUAUUAGCCAGUGUAAACACCAGUCACCUUUAAGCCAGUUGGAUUACCCUUUUUGUACAGACGUCGACCCGACACCACCUGAGGUGCAGCGCUCUGGUGUGAAAAACGGACUCUGUAUCAUACUGGAUAGCUCUCAAUGGAAGAAUGACUCUGUUAUGGUUUCAACGUUCCAGCUCGUGUGUUCAUUGCUCAAAAGUGAACAAGAAAAAAGGAGAAUAUAUAUCUGUGUAAUAUAUAUGAUUCCGGAUAUAUAUAUAUCUGUUUUAGUUGAAACACCUAGAAUUAACUGUAUGUGCUUGUAUACGUAGCUGACACUCACAGGAGAGGCCAUGGAACUUCGUUGUGAAAAGCCACUCUGGCCCGUUCAAAGAAACUAAAAUAUCGUCAAAUACAUGUUAAUUCAGACUGUUAGCAUCAACCAUCAGGUUCAAAGAGAUUAAAUUCCUAUAUCUGUUUCGGUUUUUUUUUCAGCUGUGUCCAUCCAGACGAUCUAAUGUGCAUAGUUUCACAUCUUGUUAGUGACAGAAGUGCAUGCGUUUUGGUCAGAAGGCUUAAGAGGGAAGAGCGUAUGUUAUUAGAACGACACUUGGAGUCAAGCGCUAAAGUAUUUAGAAUUCAUUUUCAUUUUUUAAUGUGCUACCUUUGAUGUGAAUAAAAAAAAUUGUCCCUUGUCAUUUAAAUUUGUAUUGCAUCCUCAGUAGGAAUAAAAAGGAUGUCACCAAUUUACGAGUCGUUUAAAAUCCUGAUAUGUGACCAUUGGAUGAUUAAUUUUAAUUGACCCGCACCAUUCCUAAAAGGCAUGCUUUGCGGUUGCUGUGCACAACCCUGUUAUGUCUCAUUAUGACAGAGGGUGGAUGCCUAUUAACCCACUUCUGAUCAUAAGUAGUAGCUAGUUUCCGUGACGAUUUCGCCGGCACACAAACACACACAUUCUCACAUUUGCAGGCAGAUGUUGCUAGUGGCUGGAUGUUGACAUGAGAUGCAGUGCAACACACAACGGACCCGUGUUUGGGAGAAAUAAGUUAGUUUGAUGAUUUCGUUUCUUCUUAGAUCUCACAACAAUAUAUUUUUCACCUUUUAUUUUCCAGACAAUAUAUGAUUGAGAUUUGUAUCCACUCAGAGCAUUUAUAAGCAAAACGCUUUGACAAUCUGACUCAAACACAGGCAGAUGUGUUGUUUGGUUUCACAGUGCAACAGGUCCUAUAUUCAGAUCAUCACCAUGGCACAGUGUCACAUCCAGGAUCGAACCUCUUUUUGUUGUUAACUUUUGAGCUGAAAAAGGAAAUUGUACACCAUCCUUUAGAAAUGCAGACGUUCCGAUUCAAACUGAAAUGUUUAUAAAUAAUAGAGUAGUUGAUUUAUGUCUCCAGAAUCAUGCUGUAAGUGAAUGUUAUCCACCAUGAGUGUAAGCUGCCGGUGCAGCAGUUGCCCCGCAAUGAGAUCAAUAUUUUAUUUUGGUCGAUGUUGUCCCCUAAGCACACACUUUUUUUUUUUUUGCUCAGUUGAUGCCCGGAACCUCCACCUGACGUUAAGGUGUUCAAACAUGAAGCAUGAUUAUCUAGUUCCUCAUGUGUUGUAUGGUAUAAUCUAACAUUCAUACAUAACAUACAGGUGUAAUUGCCAAUAAUUACUGUGCUGUGUGCUCUCAGAAAGCAAAAUGAUCACCUCACUUUGUGCUUUUAUUCCGCUUUGCAGACAAAGCAAAAAUGUAUAGUUGUACUGUAAUUCCCAAAGAACUGUGGUGGGAAACUUGUUGAUUCAGCGUCGGGAGUUCAGAGGCUGACGGAGCGUGUCAUGCUUUGGGAUCAGACCACAGACGUCUCCUGAUCAGCAGCCUUCAGCCUCGGUACAAGAUGUGUGAGCAAUAGCGGGCAACCCUGUCUAAUCCCCCCCCCGAGCUCCAAAUAGCUUCAGGGUUUAUUUGGACAGUUAAUCUUGCAUCACUUUCAUAUAUAUGCCACUCUGCUGUGACUGGAAAUAGAUUGCUACAUUUUGAAAUGAGACAUGUUGUGUAAUAUGAUUCAGAAUGUUCAAGUUUGCAGGGAUAAAAAAAAAAAAAAGUAAAAAAAGGUAGAGCUUAUUUUGAGGUACUGGGACGGGAUUUGGAUGUCGAGUCUAUUGGAAAUGUGCCUGAGCACUUUGGAGAGAAUGUGCACAGUUUGAGUGGACAUGUUGACUUUGUCCAGCCCUCAUGUAAAAAGUAACAGAUCUGUACAACUUGUAAAUGAAUUAAUCAGCAUGUUAAGAUUCUUUUUUUUUUUUUUAAAGAAGUCAAUUUAAAAAGGCAGAGGCCAGUGAUGUUCUGUACUCGUAACAAUGGUGUCAUGUACUCAUAUUGAAGUGUUAACAAGUCCAAAGUGGGUCUUCAUCUCUUCAAAAUGAACUUGGGUAAAAUGUAUUUGAGAAAAAAAAAAAAUAUAUCUAUAUAUAUUAGAAACAUCUCCUUUAUAAAGCUUUCAUCCUAAUCUAGAGGACUCCUUCUCUGUGAGUCUCUGCAACAUAUUGAAUAACAAUGAGUGAAAUACUGGAGUGACGAUUGAUUUGAUAUUGUGAUCAGAGAGAAGCUAAAUGAUGCUUUGUUCAAAAAAAGGAGAAGUUUGGGUAUCGAUGGAGGCGGAGGUGCUUACGGGCAACGAUGCCUCUGUUACCAAAGAGGAGAACAGUUCACGACGAUGGCAAAAGCAGCAGCUCCUUCAUCCAGGGAUGUUAUUUCAGAAACAUCACACAACCAUUUUCUGUUCUGUUUUAUAUGCCGCGCUCCUCAUCCACUCUAGAUGUAUUUGUUUCUUCUAACGUGUUUCAUUUCAAUGCGGUCCUGUCUGUUCGUUGAGCUGUCGAAAAAUCCUGAUGAAUUAUAAUUCUUUUUCUUCUUUGGUAUUGUGUGAGGCUUCUGUACUGGAACAUUGCAACAGUUUGUAUUAUAAUGACAAUAUCAGAAUAAUAUUUAAAUAAAUCAUUUUCACAGAUGAAAUUCAAACAA